UUCUUUCUCUUAAAACUUUUCACUAUCUUCUACCUUAUAGAGGGCCAGAAUGGCUGGUGACCAGCUAAAACCCGUCGCGAUGCUUCUUUUGGUCCUUAAUCUCUGCAUGUAUGUUGUGGUUCUGGGCAUUGGUGGUUGGGCAAUGAAUAGAGCUAUUGAGCAUGGCUUCAUCAUUGGUCCAGGAUUUGACCUUCCGGCUCACUUUUCGCCUAUCUAUUUCCCGAUGGGAAAUGCUGCCACCGGAUUCUUUGUAAUGUUUGCGUUGUUAGCUGGUGUUGUUGGAGUUGCAUCUGCCAUUUCCGGAGCCAAUCAUAUCCGAUCUUGGAACGUUGACAGCCUGCCUUCAGCUGCCUCUGCUGCCACUAUUGCUUGGACUCUUACUCUCCUUGCCAUGGGGUUUGCCUGCAAAGAAAUCGAACUACAUAUCAGAAACGCUCGUCUGAGGACAAUGGAAGCAUUCUUAAUUAUCCUUUCGGCUACUCAACUGCUAUACAUAGCUGCCAUUCAUAGCGCUCCAUUGACAAGAAAAUCUUAAAAUCGGUGUGGUGUGUGGUAGACGUUUGAUGUUUUUUUUUU